AUGACCAUGAAUGAUUGCAGACUACCUCAAAAUCUAAAUAAAAAUAGGUACCGAGAUGUUUGUCCAUAUGAUGCCACAAGGGUACAUCUUGUAUCAUCACCAAAUGGUGACUACAUUAAUGCUAAUUAUGUUAAUAUGGAAAUUCCUUCAUCGGGUAUAGUGAAUCGUUACAUAGCAUGUCAAGGACCUCUAGCUCACACCUCAGCUGACCAUUGGUUAAUGGUUUGGGAACAGUUGUGUACACAUAUCGUCAUGCUUACAACAACCAUUGAACGUGGACGAGCAAAAUGUCAUCAGUAUUGGCCAAGGUUACACGAAAGCCAUGAAUAUGGUCGAUUACUGGUGACAUGCAUUCGAGAUCGGGAGACGCCCAACUGUUCCUAUAGAGAAUUCGCUGUGAAAGAUCGGACGGUACGUUACUGA